AGGAAGGAAGGAAGGAAGGAAGGAAGGAAAGAGAGAAAGAAAGAAAGAAAGAAAGAAAGAAAGAAAGAAAGAAAGAAAGAAAGAAAGAAAGAAAGAAAGAAAGAAAAAGAAAGGAAGGAAGGAAGGAAGGAAGGAAGGAAGAAAGAGCGAGCUGCCCUGGGUGUAUCUUUCCAAGCAGCACCAACUACCUCCCGAGCCCAGAUAGAUGAGGACAGUGAGAGGGGUAGGAGGAGAGCAGGACCAGUUCCCGGGCGACUGCUCCCCGAUCUCUAUCAUCCACAUCCUUAGAGCCUGUUUCAACGCACAGCUCAAAACGAACUGGGGCAAGGACGGGCUUUAAAAUGAGCUAGAGAAGGAUCUAGCCUAAUCGAGAAAGAUCUGGAAGAGUCCGUUUAAGCCUGGAGGAGGGAGCGCGGGAGCGGGGGAGGGAAGCUUGGGGGGGGAUGGGUGCCCAGGGAGAAGGCGUUGGGUCGAGUCCAGAAGACCGAGGGUCUCCAGGGGGAUCAACCCUUCCGCGGAUUAGGUUGGGGGAGGGUCGGAAUAAAUAAAUUGCAAACUGCGUUGGCCGCAGGAACCCAAACCGGCUCAGCGGACGCUGCCUCUGGAAACUUCUCCCCCUCGGGUCGUCCUCCCUUGCCCCUCCCCCGGCUCCUCCCAGCCCCUCCCCCGGCGGCGGCGACGGCGGCGGUGGCGGGUGCGGGGUGGGACCAACCUCUCCCCAGCAGCCACACCGUCCGCACUCGUAGCUGCGCUGCUGCUGCUGCCGCUGCCUCGUCCGUGCGCUCUCCUCUCCUCUCCUCUCCUCCGCUCCGCGCCGCGUCGCACUGCACCGCACCGGGCCUGGCCCCCGCCGUCGCUUCGCAGCCCCCGCGUCCUCCCCGGGAAAAGAGAGUUUACAGAAGGAACGAGUGAGCCGCGCGCUGCCCCGGCCUCGGCUGCAAUCCCACUCCCACCGCCCUAACCCGUGCUUGCAGCCACCCGGCCCAGGCAGACGGGGAGCGGCUUGGCUCGGCUCCCGGGCCCCAGCUUCACGAAUAAAAAAAGGCUCUGUGGUCGGCGAUGACUGCGGAGGAGAUGAAGGCGGCGGAGAGCAACGCGCAGUCGGCCCCGUUGCCCUUGGAAGGGGUGGACAUUAGCCCCAAACGUGAUGAAGGCGUGCUGAAGGUGAUCAAGCGAGAGGGCACGGGCACGGAGACUCCUAUGAUCGGCGACAAGGUCACCGUACACUAUACCGGCUGGCUGCUGGACGGCACCAAAUUUGACUCCAGCCUGGAUCGCAAAGACAAGUUCUCCUUUGACCUGGGCAAAGGGGAGGUAAUCAAAGCCUGGGACAUCGCUGUGGCCACCAUGAAAAUUGGAGAAGUCUGCCACAUCACCUGCAAACCAGAAUAUGCGUAUGGUUCAUCUGGCAGCCCUCCCAUGAUCCCCCCCAAUGCUACCCUGGUGUUUGAGGUGGAACUAUUUGAUUUUAAGGGAGAGGAUCUUACUGAGGAUGAGGAUGGUGGAAUCAUCCGCCGGAUACGAACUCGAGGCGAAGGCUACUCCAAGCCCAAUGAGGGAGCUAGAGUGGAAGUUGUGCUAGAGGGUCACCAUAAAGGCCGGGUCUUUGACCAGCGAGAGUUAAGCUUUGAGAUUGGAGAGGGUGAGAACUAUGAUCUUCCCCCUGGACUAGAAAAGGCGAUUCAGCGAAUGGAGAAGGGAGAGAACUCUAUUGUCUACCUUAAGCCCAGCUAUGGUUUUGGUAGUGCUGGGAAGGAGAAGUUUCAGAUUCCACGGGAUGCAGAGCUACAUUACGAAGUGACACUCAAGAGCUUUGAGAAGGCCAAGGAGUCUUGGGAGAUGACAGCAGAGGAGAAGCUCGAGCAGAGCGCCAUAGUGAAAGAACGGGGUACAGUGUACUUCAAGGAAGGCAAGUAUAAGCAAGCCAUGCUUCAGUACAAGAAGAUUGUGUCCUGGCUAGAAUACGAGGUGGGCUUCUCUAAAGAAGAAGGACAGCGAGCCCAGGCUCAGGCACUGAGACUGGCUUCACACCUUAACCUGGCCAUGUGUCACCUCAAGCUGCAGGCUUUCUCUGCCGCCGUGGAGAGCUGCAAUAAGGCCCUAGAGCUGGACAACAACAACGAGAAAGGCCUUUUUCGUCGGGGGGAGGCCUAUCUGGCUGUGAAUGACUUUGAGCUGGCCCGGGAUGACUUCCAGAAGGUCCUCAAGCUCUACCCCAGCAACAAGGCUGCCAGGACCCAACUGACUGUCUGCCAACAGCGGAUCCGUGAACAGCAUGCCAGGGAGAAGAAGCUUUAUGCUAACAUGUUCCAGAGAUUGGCUGAGAAAGAGAACAAGCCUGAGGCAGAACCAGCUGGAGGAGACUAUCUGCAGGAUGCAGAGAUGAAGGAAGACCAGCAGAAUGGGGUGGAAGUGAGCAAGUCUCAAGUGGAGGCAGAAGCAUAGCCAGCCCUUCAACCCCACUCCCACGGCUGCCUACCUCCUAUGCCCUAACCUUCCCUACUUCACCCUGUUAGUUUUGUAAAAAACAAACACACAAAAAAACAACCAAAAAAAAACCUGAAGAAUUUUGAGUGAAUUAGACCUUUAUUUUUCUAUCUGGUUGAAAGGUGACUUGGGGAAGGGGAAAGGAACAGUUUUGUUGGGGUUGGGUAGGGAAUGUUUUUGGAAAGGUGAUCCUUUCUACUCCCAAAAAUGUUAAUUUAUUUUGCUCCUUCCGCAGCCUGAUCCAUUUCUACAUUGAGGAAGGGAGUGGGGUCUGGUCUUGAAGCUGGGGUGUAGAAGGAGAACUACAGAACACCCCUUCUCCUCUGUUGGUGGCAGGGGAGUAUGACAAAAACAAAACCCAUUGCUGUUUCCCUGGCUUCCAUUUGUUCCUUUCCUAGUCCCAGACUUGUGGCAGUUGGUCUUUUCUGGUAUCAUGGUGACCACUUUCAUGUUUCCUCCCAUUUUUCCUUAACCAUAGCCAUGCCUUCUCCCCUUGCCUGUUCUAUGUUGUACCCAUCCCUGCUUCUAUGGCCUAUUACCUGCACGACCCUGAAGAUCCAGGCCCUCUCAAGUUCCAUACUUGAGCAAUAAAAUGGAAACAACCAAAGUUUAGGAGUCAGGCUAUGCUUCCUGUUCUGCCUAGGAGGGAGGGGGCGGUGAGAAGACCUCCGGGUGGGAGCAGUCUAAUAUGAUAGGCAAAAAUUAGAAAUUUAUUAGGGAAGGUACCUCCCUGAGGCAAAUAGCUUUUCUGCUUCGACUUGUCCAGUGAGGCUGGGCAAUGUGUUCUUUGAAGCAACUUAGCCAAUUAGUGCAAUUACAAGCAACAAUUGAGGCAAAACCCAUGGGAAUAUACACCAUUAAUCAAAAGGUGAUAGCCGAUAACAGGAUGCUAAGAGCAACUCCCAAGUGAUAAUAGAGCUGGGUGGGGAGAAACAGAUGGAGAUGGGAUAUGAAUGAGAAGAAAAACUACAGUAAGAUUGUAGCUAGGGCAGCAUUCAAUGGGAUCCAGCCUAGGACCCUCAACAUAUUCUUAAAGGGGAGAGAAUUGACCCUUCAAGGUCCCUUCACACUCUAGGCUAAUAGCAUUGUCCUCAAGUGAUGAGGCUGUCAUGGUGGCUCCUGAUUAUCUUCUAAUUUUUUUUUUAGGAGAUUGUAAGCCCCUUGAGGGCAGGGACCAUAUCUGUUUUGAAUUUCGUUUGUAUGGCAAUGCAUAGCUUGGUGCUUAAUAAAAUACUGUUAAAUGCUGA